UCCGCUCAGAGCAUCACUCUGCCUUUCCCAAAGAUGGCACCGCUGGAUUCGCCCCACUCCAAGAUGGCGGCGGGGCGGCCCCGCCCCGGGGCGGCGGAGCGGCGGCGGCCGGGGUGUCCUUGCGGCGGGCCCGGAGCCAGGGGCGCGGGGCCAUGCUCGCCUUGGUGGCCAAGGCUGCGCACAUUGUCAGGUGGAAGAGGAGCCCCACACAGGCCCAGGGAGAGCUUUGCGGUCUGUUCUGUCCCACCGGCCAUGGAUAGGAAGCAGAAGCAAGCAGAGAAGGCCAGGCCCUGUGGCCUGCUGAAGCAGACAGCUCUAAACAAGAUCGUGGGCAGAUUCCAGCUGCACCAGGAGGCGCUGCCCCACCUGCCCGUGCCCCCCCUGCAGCAGACCCUGGACCGGUACCUGCUGGCCCUGGAGCCCAUCAUCAGCCCCGAGGAGCUGAGCCACACGCAGCAGCUCGUGGCCGAGUUCCGCAAGCCGGGAGGCGUCGGCGAGAGGCUGCAGAAAGGCCUGGAGAGAAGAGCCAAGAAAACAGAGAACUGGCUCUCAGACUGGUGGCUGAAGACAGCUUACCUGGAAUAUCGCUUGCCAGUCGUGGUCCACUCCAGCCCAGGUGUGGUUUUACCUAAGCAGGAUUUUCUGGAUCGACAAGGUCAGCUCAGGUUUGCUGCCAAGCUGAUCGAGGGUAUCCUGGAUUUCAAGGCCAUGAUUGACAAUGAGACCCUCCCAGUGGAGUACAUGGGUGGGAAGCCCCUCUGUAUGAACCAGUACUACCAGAUCCUCUCAUCCUGCCGCAUUCCCGGGCCCAAGCGGGACUCCAUUGUCAACUAUGCCAAAGGCAAAAAGCAGUCCAGACACAUCACAGUCGUUCACAACUUCCAGUUCUUUGAGCUGGAUGUUUACCACAGUGAUGGAUCUCCCCUUACUGCUGACCAGCUCUUCAUUCAGCUGGAGAAGAUUUGGAAUACCUCCCUCCAAACAAACAAAGAACCUAUUGGGAUCCUCACCACCAACCACCGAAACAGCUGGGCAAAAGCCUACAACAACCUCCUGAAAGAUAAGACCAACAAGGAGUCCGUGCGUGCGAUUGAGAAGAGCAUCUGCACCGUGUGCCUGGACGCCCCCAUGCCCCGGGUGUCCGAGGACAUCUACAAGAGCCGCGUGGCCGCGCAGAUGCUGCACGGCGGCGGCAGCCGCUUGAACAGCGGCAACCGAUGGUUCGACAAAACCCUGCAGUUCAUCGUUGCUGAAGAUGGCUCCUGUGGUCUCGUAUAUGAGCACGCUCCCUCCGAAGGCCCACCCAUCGUUGCUCUUCUGGACCACGUCGUGGAGUUCACGAAGAAGCCCGAGACGGGCAAAUCUCCUACAGUUCAUCUGCCAAUGCCCAAAAAGCUGCGGUUUAACAUCACCCCAGAAAUCAAGAAUGACAUCGAGAAUGCAAAGCAAAACCUCAACAUAAUGGUAGAAGAUCUGGAUAUCAAAGUCAUGGUCUUUCAUCAAUUUGGGAAAGGAUUUCCCAAGUCAGAGAAGAUAAGCCCUGAUGCUUUUAUCCAGCUGGCCUUGCAGCUGGCGUACUACAGGAUGUACGGCCGCGCCUGUGCCACGUACGAGAGCGCGUCACUGCGGAUGUUCCGCCUGGGCCGCACCGACACCAUCCGCUCCGCCUCCGUGGACUCCCUCAAGUUUGUCAAGUCCAUGGACAGCCCUGACAAAUCGGACCAGGAGAAAGCUGACCUGCUGAGGAAAGCCACACAGGCCCACAGGGAAUACACAGACAUGGCCAUCCGGGGCAAUGCCAUAGACCGGCACCUGCUGGGGCUGAAGCUCCAGGCAAUCGAGGACCUGGUGAGCAUUCCUGAGCUCUUCAUGGACACAGCCUAUGCUGUUGCAAUGCACUUCAACCUCUCAACCAGCCAGGUCCCAGCCAAGACAGAUUGUGUGAUGUGUUUUGGUCCCGUGGUUCCAGAUGGCUAUGGAGUGUGUUACAACCCCAUGGAGGAACACAUCAACUUUGCCAUUUCAGCCUUCAACAGCUGUGCUGACACAAACGCCGCCCGCAUGGCACAUUACCUUGAGAAAGCACUGCUGGACAUGAGGAUCUUGCUGCAGGCUGCUCCCAAAUCCAAACUGUAAGAGGGAAACCCCCAGUUAAAUGGGCUAUCCCUGAUGCACUGAAGCUCCCAGUUCCUCAGAAAACAAUUCAGAGAACAGCAAAGAUAUCAACCAUUUGUUUUCAGCAAGAUGUUACAGAAUAGUCACCCACAGAUGUCAGACUCUGUAGUGAGAGGAAACACUGCCUCAAACCAAAGUAGAACUGAGAGGCCUCUCCCAUCAAUGCAAAGUGCACCUUCCUGUCCUCAAAGAGGACACAAAUAUGAUUUUUAUGAAAACUACUGUAAGGGAGUACAGAAAGCACAGUCCUUGCCAGUGUCUAAAUCCAUUUGGUGAGGAAGGUAGUUCUUGUCCAUGAGAAGCAGGGAAUGAUUAUUGUAUGAUAGAACUACUGUAAGACCAAGUCUUUUUCCUGGUUUCAUCUUCUGAAGAGCAUCUUCCAGUCUUGACUGAAGAUUUUUCUACUGCUCCAGCAAAGCCUCAUAAUUGAACUUCAGCAAGGGGAGAAGGAAGUUCAGCCAGAGCAGAUCCAGUCUCAUUAGAGUACUGCACUAUUUAUCCCAGGCACUCCAGCCAGCACAGGCCCUACAGGAACGUUCCCUUCCCCUUGUUCAGGACACUGGCAUCUCCUUCGUCUUACACUGACCCCCUUAACAACAGGACAUGACUUGAUACAGACUAAGGUGAUUUUUACUGUUUCAGGUUAUUUUUGUUGUUGUUCUUGCUCUGAGCUUUUUGUUAAGCUUCCUGCCAUGGUCCUACCAUUGAUCAUCCAGCUCAGCCUUAAGCUUUUUCCCCAUAAAGCUUCUACAAAACUCUCCUCAUGUAAGUUUUGCCAGCUUUGGCUUUAGGUACCUUCACAUCUGCAGAGAUGAGAAGGAAUUUCUUAGACAUUUAGCUUGACACUUGCUCCAUUGUACCUUUCUUUGGAGAUGAGGAAAAGAAAAAGAUGCUGACUCUUUAUGAACAAGCCACAUGCCUGAUGUCCCUCAGGACACACACAUUAACCCAAUGUGGUUUUACACCCUGCUUUCAGAAACAGCCUUUUUGUGCACAAUGUUAUGCCCGAGCUGUGGACAAAUAAGGAUGUUUCUGAUCAGGAACUCCAACACAUAUUUCCAUUCCUGGCCCACAGAGUUGAAAUCUGUUAAAGGGCAAAGGAAAAACAGCUGCAGAAACCCUUCUUUCACUCUGCUGUAACAAGGCAGAAAAUCUUGAAAAACAGGAAGAAAGCUGUAGGGCUUUUUCUGCACUGUUCCUGCACAGCACCUUUUCUGCCACUCUGGGGAGUUAUUUCUUACUGAAAUACUACUCCAAUUUGUGUCAGCUUUAUUCUGUGAGAGAAUGAUCUCAUGUGAUACUGUUUUUAUGUUCAGUUGACAAACUUGAGACAGUAGAAGAUUAUAUAUAAACAUUAACAUACAAUGGUAGCAUAGGAACUACUUCCAACCCAUCUGUCAGAAGCCAAGCUCCUGACUACACUUUUAUUUAGUAAAACCAUAUGGUAAUAAAGAAUUCUAGUGCUCUUUCUGCA